CCCAGCGGACUCCGGCUGGAUCUCGGCUCCGGGCAGACGCCGCAGACCCCCAGCCGGCUCCCGGGUCCCGAAAGACCUCGGACGGACCCUGACCCCGGAGAGACCCCGGUCCCGGGCAGACCGCAGGCACACGGCGGCGGACCGAUUCCGGCCCCGGAGACCUUGGACACACCCCGGCCCGGGAGAGUUCCCGGGCGGAUCCCGGCUCCGGGCAGAUCUCAGGCAGACCCCGGCCCCGCUGGCGGGCGGGCGGGCGGGGGCCGAGGGCGCCCCCGGAGGCGGGGGCAUGCGCGACCCGCGGCAUGGCCUCGGCGGUGUUUGAGGGCACCUCGCUCGUGAACAUGUUCGUGCGCGGCUGCUGGGUGAACGGCAUCCGCAGGCUCAUCGUCAGCCGGCGCGGCGACGAGGAGGAGUUCUUCGAGAUCCGCACGGAGUGGUCGGACCGCAGCGUGCUCUACCUGCACCGCAGCUUCGCGGACCUCGGCCGCCUGUGGCAGCGCCUCCGCGACGCCUUCCCCGAGGACCGGCCCGAGCUAGCGCGCGCGCCCCUGCGGCAAGGCCUGGUUGCCAUCAAGGACGCCCGCGAUAUAGAGACCAGGCUUAACGAGGUGGAGAAGUUGCUGAAGGCCAUCCUUAGCAUGCCGUGCAAAUAUUCCAGGUCAGAAGUUGUGCUCACCUUCUUUGAAAGAUCUCCUCUGGACCAGGUGUUAAAAAACGACAACGUACAUAAAAUUCAACCCAGCUUUCAGAGUCCAGUGAAAAUAUCAGAAAUCAUGAGGUCCAAUGGAUUUUGCUUAGCAAAUACGGAAACCAUUGUUAUUGACCACAGUAUACCCAACGGAAAAGACCAGCACCUGGGUGUGGACCCGACAGAGCACUUGUUUGAGAAUGGUGGUGAAUUUACCUCAGAGCUGGAAGAUGGCGAUGACCCAGCAGCUUAUGUCACCAACCUGUCCUAUUACCACCUGGUCCCCUUCGAGACGGACAUUCUGGACUGAGUCUCUGGUGAGGCCCACCUCCCCCCACCCUUGACUGGUGGUUCUGUCCCGGCUGCAGGGGCCCCAUUGCUGCCCCAGGCCUGGGUCAGGGGGUGUCUCUACGGUGACAGUGCCUGGGAGGCCUGGGCCCAUGGAGCAGCAGGGUUUUCCAGAGGGCCAUCCCCAAGGUCUCCCACAAGCAGGAGCCAGGUCUCCGGAGCCCCGCGUAGCCUGCUGCUUCUCCGCUCAGCACCACCAGCCUGUCUCCACCUGCCUGGGACUCGCUCCCCAUCCGUGUGUGGGAGAGCCACAAGUGCCUGCAGGACAUGUGGACACCAGGGCGGACACACAGGGCCUGGCAGUUCCCUCAUUUCGCUGUGACUGCUUCCUGGGGAGGAGCCUGUGCCCUGGUGCGGUGCUCCCCAUGGCUGCCUGGCCACCGCUCUCUCCCCACCAUUCCCUCACGUGACAGGGGCACAACAUGGCCUGUGAGGUGGUGAGGAGUCACCACAGUCUGGACGACAUGGGCAGGGAGUGUUAAAUAAUCCAGGAUUUCCCUGGGAACCAGGAGGUGUGGCUUUCAUUUUCCUUUUUCAUCUUCUUUGUGGAAACUGUGGGUCUGGUGUCAGCCAACGGGGCUCCUUAUAGAAGGUUCUUUUGGGAAUGGUGAGUGUUGGCUACAGAGAUGGGGAAAUCACUGCCCAUCAGGUCCCCGUGAGCGAGGACUGAGAAGUACUGAUUCCCCUCCAGAGAACAGAGUUCCUGCCUGGCCUGCCAGCAUCUCUAACGCCCCUCAGCGUGGGGUAGCCGUGCCUGUAAGCACCCCAGGUUCACCUCUCCUGCUGUUUACCAAGCUCUCAGUGAUGUCAUUGCCAUAUUCACCUGCAAGGGGGGGGAUCAACAGGAAAGCGCCGAGUCCCCCUUUGCCCCUUGGGGCGGGGGGGAAGGCGGGUCUGCGUUCUGUGUGCUGAUCUCCUCAUGGUGUCUACUAAUGACCAACAUUUGCUAAUGUAAAUAAUAGUAAAUUAUUGAGAAUCCUAAUUCUUUUACACAGUCUGUUUUUUAAUCUAUUUUAAUUAAAUAAAGUGUAUUACUCUACUCCAGGA